UUUAAACGCAAAUUAUUACUUUAGGACACGGGAGAGAAUUGGCAUUCAAAUUUGAAAUUCCAGGCAAUUGUCAAAUGGCCCGUGUUUUGUCCGCGUCCCUACUCGCAAAAAUCCCUUCCCACCUUUCCCCCCCACUGCUUACUUUUCUUCCCCUCCCUCUUUGAAAGCUUCACUCAUUCCUCGGUGUGUCAGUGUUUGUGUGAGAAAGACUGUGAAAGAGUGCGACAAAGCUUUCCCUUUUUUAUUUCUUCAACCAGAGAGAGAGAUGGAGAAGGAAUCUAUGGAGACUGAAGCCAAAGGGGUUCCAACGUACGGAGGCAGAUACCUGCAGUACAACAUUCUGGGAAACCUCUUUGAGGUCUCCGCCAAGUAUAUCCCUCCUAUACAUCCCGUCGGUCGCGGCGCAUACGGCAUCGUUUGCUGUGCGAUAAAUUCUGAGACCAAAGAAGAGGUUGCAAUCAAGAAAAUUGGAAAUGCAUUCGACAACAGGAUUGAUGCCAAAAGGACACUUCGAGAGAUCAAACUCCUUUGCCACAUGGACCAUGAGAAUAUUAUCAAGAUUAAGGACAUCAUAAGGCCACCAGAGAAGGAAAAGUUUAAUGAUGUGUAUAUUGUAUAUGAAUUAAUGGAUACUGACCUCAAUCAGAUUAUACGAUCUAGCCAGGCUUUGACAGAUGAUCACUGUCAGUAUUUUCUGUAUCAACUGCUGAGGGGAUUGAAGUACAUACAUUCUGCAAACGUUUUGCACCGAGAUUUGAAGCCAAGCAACCUGCUUCUCAAUGCGAACUGUGACCUCAAGAUUUGUGACUUUGGGCUUGCAAGAACUACCUCAGAGACAGAUUUCAUGACAGAAUAUGUUGUAACUCGAUGGUACCGAGCCCCUGAAUUGCUACUUAACUGUUCAGAAUACACAGCAGCCAUUGAUAUUUGGUCAGUUGGCUGUAUUUUUCUGGAGAUAAUCAGAAGGGAGCCACUAUUUCCUGGUAAAGACUAUGUUCAGCAGUUAGGGCUUAUAACUGAGCUAUUAGGUUCACCAGAUGAUUCAGAUCUUGGAUUUUUAAGAAGUGAUAAUGCUCGAAAGUAUGUGAAGCAGCUCCCUCAUUUUCCAAAGCAACCGUUUACAAAGAAGUUUCCAAAUGUGUCCCCACUGGCAAUAGAUCUUGCAGAGAAAAUGCUAGUCUUUGAUCCAUGCAAACGCAUAACUGUUGAGGAAGCUCUGAAUCACCCAUACCUGUCCAGUCUUCAUGAGAUAAAUGAGGAGCCCACUUGCCCUUCUCCUUUCAACUUUAGUUUUGAGCAGAAAUCAUUGGAUGAGGAAGAUAUAAAGGAGCUCAUAUGGAGGGAGUCUUUGAACUUCAAUCCAGAUGACUUGCUGGAGUAAGCUUGGCAAUACCUAUCCUCUUUCCCCUAGUUUGGUUCACCAAAGUUCAAAUUAAAAGAUUGAGAUUUUGGUUUGGAGUGAGAAUAUAUAUUACAUGUAAUAAACUUUAGUAUAAGCAGAGCAUUUAGGGAGAUAUCUUCUCCCCUCCAUGUCUUGAGAUGGUGGAUUGGCAGUUUGUUCGCAUUACCUUCUUUCCCCUUUCCAAGUAGGUGAAUUGGCAGUAACCACUUAAGAUUGGUAUGCACGGAAGUAGUACAACCAUCUCCAUGUCUUGAGAUGUUGUAUUGGGAAGUUGCUGAAUUCAGUGUUUACGGGAAUCCAGUAGUCACUGUAGGUUGGUAUGGAUAAAAGAAGGCUAUGUUCUCUGAGCCUUAUUUCUUUUAUGGCUGUGGCUUGUACAUUGUAAUCCAAUUUUACUAAAAGAAAGGAGUUAAAACAAUUUUAAAAUA